AUGAUAAGAGCUAUUGACAUAGCGUUCCAGAUCCCGGCGAGUGAUCCUAUGUACAGCUUCGAGCAGAUCAUGAAUGCUGCGCGUUUCUUCCCACUUAGAUUUCGGUCCUGGACUUUCAAGGUCUGGAAUGGACUUACAGGACACUGGUAUAGUUACUUUGAGGUGGAUGAGUGGACGUAUGCUGAUUUUCAGAUUUUGCAUUUCGCGCUGGCUUUGAGUGGGCAGCAGCAGGAGAUGAAUGCUGCUGCUGCUCCGAUCAUGCAUCAAGAUCAAGAAAUAAGAUUUGUUCAAGAUACUUCGCCAACUCAGAGAACAGUUGGUCGUCGGAACAAGAACUCGAAGCGCACCAAGAAGCCAGCAGUGCAGGCGCAAAAGCUAGAAGGACCUCCACUGACGAUAACAACUCUUGGAGAUAUCUUUGAUGCGGCUGAGGCAAAGACAAUGGCAAAAGUAGCAAUGGCUAGAGAUUCUGAAACGGCAGCUGCUGAAGUUAUCUCAACUCCCAAGGUAGUCAGAGCCACUAAUGUGGCGACUCGUAAGAUCUUAAAAUGCCUUGGCCCAGACCAUAAGGCACAGUCGGUCUAA